UCAAAAAAGAUAAAAGGGGAGGGAAAGGAAAACAAGUAGGACCAGGGCUAAAACCCUAAAAACAGAGCAGGGUCUCUCCCUCUUCUCCUUCUCUUUCUGAAAUUAUUUCUCUAUUGCUUCACCUUCACUGUUUUUCUCUGUUUCCAUGACAAAAGUACUUUGCAAACAUUCCAUGGCCAACCUUCUUCGAAACGCUUCUUCUCUGAGACGUGCUCUGCUUUCUCCCGAGGUUUUAAGGAGGGGAAUAUUGGGGACUUCUUCUCAGAGUUGCAAUUUUGCCACUAAAGGUACGAAAAGAUCCAAGUUGGAUGGUAGUGACUCUACUGAAGACAACUUGUCCAAGAAAGAGGUGGCUUUACAACAAGCCCUUGAUCAGAUUACUAGCACAUAUGGAAAGGGAUCUAUCAUGUGGUUUGGCCGGUCAAUUGCUCCAAAAGAUGUUCCAGUGGUGUCCACAGGUUGUUUUGCGCUUGACAUAGCACUUGGAAUUGGUGGGCUUCCAAAGGGGCGUGUUGUGGAGAUUUAUGGUCCUGAGGCUUCUGGGAAAACCACUCUUGCUCUACAUGUAAUUGCUGAAGCGCAGAAGCAAGGAGCUUACUGUGUUUUUGUUGAUGCUGAGCAUGCUCUUGAUUCCUCAUUGGCUCAGGCCAUUGGAGUAAACACUGAAAACUUGCUUCUGUCGCAACCUGAUUGUGGUGAACAAGCUCUUAGCCUGGUGGACACGCUUAUACGGAGUGGUUCUGUGGAUGUUGUGGUUGUUGACAGUGUAAGUAGAGUGUGUUAUUGGAGCUUUUGCAGGGUUGCUGCCCUUGUACCUAAAAGUGAGCUUGAUGGUGAGAUGGGCGACGCUCACAUGGCAAUGCAAGCUAGAUUGAUGAGCCAGGCGCUGCGCAAAUUGAACCAUUCUUUAUCAAUGUCACAGGCGAUUUUGAUCUUCAUAAAUCAAGUGAGAUCAAAGCUUAGUACCUUUGGAGGAUUUGGUGGGCCAACUGAAGUAACUUGUGGCGGUAAUGCUUUGAAGUUCUAUGCUUCUGUGCGUUUGAACAUAAAAAGGGUGGGGCUUAUAAAGAAGGGAGAAGAGACUGUAGGAAGUAAAGUUCAAGUGAAGAUUGUAAAGAAUAAGCUUGCUCCCCCAUUUAAAACUUUCCAAUUUGAACUUGAGUUUGGAAAGGGAAUAUGCCGGGAAUCAGAGAUCAUAGAUUUGGGAGUAAAACACAAAUUCCUUGGCAAGGCUGGUUCAUUUUACAAUUAUAAUGGUAAGAAUUUCCAUGGGAGGGAAGCCCUUAGACGGUUUCUGGCUGAAAAUGAUGUUGCACGGGAAGAACUUGUGAUAAAGCUCAGGCAAGAGCUACUUGAUUUCGGCUCAAGUAAGGAAGAGGGAACAGAAGCUACUUGUGGAGAACCUAUAGAAGAAAUCAUAUCACCCGACUCUACUGAUGAAGAAGCAGUUACUGCAGUAGAAGCGUAGUGUGCAAAACUGCAAAUACAUCAAAUUUUAGAUUGAGGUUAUCCUGCUAGAUUCAAUUCAGAUUUCCAAGGGAUCCUGUAAUCCUGCAGUCCCCAUUUCCUGCUUAUUAAUAUGAAAGGCCAUUGCUUUCUAAUCACAAGCUAUCAUUGCUUAUAUAUUCAUAUGGGCUAGAGCGUACAAAUGAUAGCUUUGCAAGUUAAAUGUGUUUAAGUUGAUAGUGUAAAUUUUCGGGCAGAGCAGGUUAAUUUUUGUGGCUUCCAAAAGAAGUAACUCCAAGCAGGCCAGGCACAAAAUUUCUUUAGAUAUCCAACUCUAUUAUACAUGUGAACCAGAACAACUUAAGCACAAUGUAAUUUGUUGCUACCUCUGCAUUAUUUUCUGUAUCGAGGGCACUAUGGCAUAGCGGUAUUUAUGUUUUAGGCAGAAGGCAGUCACAUUUUAUGAUCAUGAAAGCCAUCUAUAUCACCAGAAUAUUUAUUUGAUUAUUGAA